GUCUACAGUGAAGGAGAAAUGAAAACUAAAGCUUGUCGCCGAGAGUCUCUCUGACUAUUACUGAAAAAUUGAUUUGCUUCUGUUGAUUCUGCAUUACACAGCAGUUAGACGAUCAAAGGAUGUAGCUAUAUUUAACAGUCAUUUACGCCUUGAAGCCUUUCCAGUCGAGCCGAUAAUGCUUAAAACGAAGCUGCCCAUGAGAACCGCGGAGGCAGGAGAUGAUACGGCCGAGGAACAGCCGGAUCUCCAUAUUCCCAGCUCGGUCUCUCCCACGAGCUCGGACAGGCUCGAAGAUUCAUCCAGACACCCAGGAUAUCCAUCUCAAUUGGACAAAGAGACCGUUUUCGAGUGGUUUGGUUUGCAUCUAAAUCCUGCCAAGCGGAUCGAGUUAAUGUGCGGACUGCUGCAUAUGUGCCAGCCGCUCGAGCUCCGGUUUUUGGGCUCCUGUCUGGAAGACUUGGCACGGAAAGAUUACCCAAUUCUACGGGAUGUCGAGAUCAGGGCGAACUGUCCGAAUGAUUUGGGCAUUUUAUCUGAUGUUCUCGACCCGGUGGUGCGCUCCAAACUGCUGGUCUGUUUAUCUCUUCUGCGAUCUGACAGCAGGGAGUGUGCGGGAAUACUAUUUCAGAUAUUGAACCAUAUGGAUCCCUCCUUGUUCUACAAAAACUAUCCCGGUUAUUCUGUUUCUCCCUUCAGGGACCCGUUCCAUCCUUCGCGUGUGGAUGGGAAAACGUUCAGGAGAACAGAGCAUAUUUGCGGGCGUCCAAUAGAGGAAGCAGUCGGACCCUUGGAGCAGUUCGCGUUGCUUUAUACUAUGGCUUCGUUGCAUCCAGCGUUUCCUUUUCAUCAAAGAGAAACCCUUCUAGUGCAUCUGGACAAAAUCACAUUUGCCACAGAGGAUAGACAGCAGAAUCCGUACAGAAUAAACGCCCAGGCCCAGGAAGCAGAGUACCUGGGCCCAGCUGCCGUCACCACUGAAGCCAGUCUGGAUCAGAGGACGCAGGGGCAGAGACAGUGUGCCAGCCAGACACCCCCCAGCUGCAGGACCCAGAGGGAAGCUGUACAUAUAGAGAAGAUUGUACUGAAGGGGAUGUCACAGAGCAGGACAGACAGGGAAUACAAUUUUGAGGUGAAGUGGUCUGACUUCUCAUCCAGCAAUGUCAGGAAAACACAGCUUGAACUGGAGAGCUUCUUGUUGAAGCUCCCCAAGGAGCAGUCCACGGAGUCGUUUGAGAAGGGCAUCCUCCAGCUGCUCAACCAGGGAGACCAGUACGAGAGCAGGGGGGUGGAGAGGAACCUCAAGGAGAAGUUUCUGUCGGCUCCACAAGCUUUUCGACGGACAAGGAAGGUCUGUGGCUUCUUCCUGUGUGAGUCCUCCUCUUCCUCCUCCUGCAGCUGCAGCAGAUGUAACCCUGCAGCUCUGGGGAAGUCCCUCAAGGAGGACGCUUCUGAGGCAUCCAGCCAAGAGGAAGUAGUGUAUUUGGAUCCAUACGUUCUGGGACACCGGAAGAAACAUAUCAGCAAUAGACCCUGUCAUAGUUCCCAGGGCGAGAGCGUUCGAAAGGGGUCACACAGCCUGCCUGACUGGACGAGGAAGACCUGCACGCUUCAACCCGACCAGGAGGCCUCUGGGGGCCCAGAGCAGCAUCAGGGCAGUGAGAAGAGGGGCAACCACCCUGCCAGCAUGAGGCAGCCACUGGGACCAGACAGGGAAAAGGGGAAGAAGAAAGCACACUUGGCGACAAAUGGGAGCAUGGUGCCACCAGCUUCUCAGCGAGCGCGACAGUCGACAGGGAAAGACGGAGACUCCAGUCAGGAGGUAUACGGCGAAACCUCGUCUGAGAGCUACAGCUCGGCCUCCAGCCCCCAGCACCACGAACCAGAGAGCCUGGACAGCGAGGACGAAAAGGAUAAAUAUACGGACAGUACCCAGGGCCCAACAGACUCCUUCCUCCCCUGGCAGGAAGUUGCAGGUGGGGCCAUGCCCACCAUCCACCACCUGGUCUCUGCCAAGCCUGUUGGGGAGCCCCCCAGCCUUGACUAUCCCCCAAACACCUUCAUGCACCCCCUGCCCAAUGGUGCACUACCUGCCGAUGCCCCUCUGCCAGUCAUGCCCCCCCACCAGGUGGCAGCUGCCCUGGUAGACAACAAGGUGGUUGGAGGGCUGAUCAUGCAGGUGCCCCUGGUCCUCCGAGAGCCUACUUCCACCACCGUGCCAGUUCCCGUGCCAGGGGAUCCAGAGCAGAUGCCCAUGGUACUCCCAGGGUUUGGAUCCCUAGCCCUGGGCUUACACUCCCCUGGCAGCCCUGCCCUGCAGCCCCCGGUCCAGCACUUCAAGACAGCCCCUCCACAGACCACUGCCAGCUCUGAGGGUGUCACCACCCUCCCUGCCCACCAGCCCCUGGUGGAAGCUAUCAGUGUCAUCACCCCUGGUCCGCCCUAUCCCUCACCCCUGCAGCCUGCCUACUCCAACCCAGACCCUGCCGCCCCCCUAACCCCAUCCGUACCCCUGGGGGACCAUAGCAUCCCUCACAUCAAGCACCCAGAUGUGUCCCUUUUCUCGGGCCUGCCCUCCCUGUACACUAUGGCCCCCAUCCCCACUUCCGUCAUGGCCACACUAGGGGUAGCGCCUUCCCCUGGACAGGUUCAGGCGGUGGUGCCCCCGUCCGUACCCGCCCACACCCCCGGCCAAGCGCCCAGCUCAACCCAGACCGACUCCACCUCCUACGUCAACAGCACCAGUAACUCCGUCACCCAGCAACAGGCACAACCACAACAACAACAGCAGCAGCAGACGUCUCACCAGCAACAGGCCAUGUGCUGCGGGGCGUGCGGUUGCCGAGGCGGCUGCGGCAACAGCCGUACAGCGCCAUCGUUUUUCUUUCCCCACCAGAUGGCGCCACGGCAGGUGUUUGGUGCUCCGCCCAUCUUCCAGCUCACGUCCCUGUGUGCCAGCAACUACCUCAGCCAGCCGCCCCCGCAAAGCAACGGCCAGUCCCAGCUGACAUUCUUCCCCCCCGCCCCUUACACUGGCCAGACCCUGCUGCACACCCACUCUGACCAUGUACUGGGCACCCAGCUAGGCUAUAGCCUCCAACAGAUGGUGUCGCCCUUCAACCGUUUCUACCCGCACAUGUACCCCUCCAGCGUGGGUAUGGUGCCCGGUUCGGGAGGCGGCGGAGGGGCCCUGGGGGCAGCGGUCGGCGUAAACAAGAACAACGGCAACGUCUCCUGCUACAACUGUGGGGUCAGUGGGCACUACGCACAGGACUGCAAACAGCCCUCUGUUGAUUCAUCACAGCAAGGCAGCUUUCGGCUGAAGUACGCCGCUUCCCACUCUCCCGAAGGACUAGACAACGCCAGCUGAACACGUCUUUUCGUUCCGUCAUCUGGUUCCUCGUCACGAGCGGUCCAAGAGAACCCUCCCGUUUCAAGAGGGUUUCACUCUGGUGUUUCUCAGUCAUUGUCAUGUUGUUGGUUUGACCUUUUUAAAGAGCGUGUGUGAGGAGGGUCCUGAGUACUUGUGGCGGAGACAUCCUCUACGUCCCCGUCACAGCUGAAAGUGAAGCUGUCUUGUUUCCAUAGAGACGCCCCCCCCCCCCCCGCACCCCCACUCAUCUAUUAGAGGCUUUUGGUAUUUUGCACUGAAAACUGGCACAACAACAACAACUGGCAAGCAGCUCGUGUUCACUAACUUGUUUUUGAUAUUAGAGUGUGUGAGCUUGGGAAAAUGACACCACAUAUCCUAUAGUAUGUGAGCUUGGGAAAAUGACACCACGUAUUUUAGUGUGUGAGCUUGGGAAAAUGACACCACGUAUUUUAGAGUGUGAGCUUGGGAAAAUGACACCACGUAUCUUAGAGUGUGUGAGCUUGGGAAAAUGACACCACGUAUCUUAGAGUGUGUGAGCUUGGGAAAAUGACACCACGUAUCUUAGAGUAUGGGAGCUUGGGAAAAUGACACCACGUAUUUUAGAGUGUGUGAGCUUGGGAAAAUGACACCACGUAUAUUAGAGUGUGUGAGCUUGGGAAAAUGACACCACGUAUUUUAGAGUGUGUGAGCUUGGGAAAAUGACACCACGUAUAUUAGAGUGUGUGAGCUUGGGAAAAUGACACCACGUAUUUUAGAGUGUGUGAGCUUGGGAAAAUGACACCACGUAUUUUAGAGUGUGUGAGCUUGGGAAAAUGACACCACGUAUCUUAGAGUGUGUGAGCUUGGGAAAAUGACACCACGUAUUUUAGAGUGUGAGCUUGGGAAAAUGACACCACGUAUCUUAGAGUAUGGGAGCUUGGGGAAAUGAUUUUGUUCUCUGAAUACAUGGGGAUUCUGCGUGAUCUCGAUUAAAGAGUUUCCUAUACUUCAUUUUUACAGCAGUAUAUUUAUGCCUCCUUAUUGUUAUUUGACGAGGAUUUGAAUUGUUUAACUGUACAGCUACGAAAGAGGAGUACAAACAAAAAGGUUAAUGUAAAAAAUAUAUAUAUAUUUUUUUUUUUAACUUUUUAAAAUAUUUUUUUGCUGCAGUGUUUAUGAAUGUACCACAUAUUUCGUUUUUUUUAUGUAAGGAAUCUGGCAGUAUCGAAAACAUGUUUCUUAAACAUUUGCCACUUGAUAAUAAUGUGAAGCGCAGAGUAAGACGUUUUUAAUCAUCAUGUUUGUCAUGUUGAAGUUAAAUGCUGCUGGGUGUUUAUUUUAGUUAUAAUCUUUGACAAUAUGCACUAUAACUACCAGGAAUUCUGAAGUUUCUCAAGUGCACUGAAACAGUCCUAGAAGAACUUAGAGCCAGAUGUUAUUGCAACAGUGAAGCUCUGACAAUAUACACUGUUGUCCCUCCAUCCAAUAUUCUCUUGGAAAUGCUGUGCUGACCUGCAGAGUCGGGGCCACUAUUUGGCUCCUACUAUUGAUAACACUGUUUCCUCUGAAAAUAACUAUAUUUUCUUUUAAGCCAUUUCUACAGGACUGUGGUGGCCAAGGCAGAUAUUAUGUAACUUUUCUGGAGAUUCAUUGUAUUUAUUCCCACUUCUUCAUUUAAAAUGAGAUCUAACUGUAUUGCAUAAGUUUGGUGCAUUGGUAAAUGGAAAACCAAGACAUAUAUAUGCACAUACACACUACGAAUAGUGUGUGUUUCCAUGUGGAGGAUGGAGACGAUUAGCGUGAGCACUAAUGGAGGUGUCUGACUGGAGUCGUUUGGGGUAUCAGGAUCAGUCGCUUUCCAGUGAUUGGUUCAAAAAUAAAAAGUGAAGAUAACCAAACUGCAAAGCAUUCCAGUAGACGAAAUCUGAUCUUUCUUGGUCCUCCCCAUUGUUUAAUGGUAUGUAACCAACAUAUGCAUAUCUUUAUUCACAGUCCAUGUGAAAUACAUUGACUAGGGCCUAAUGAAUUUAUUUAAAUUGACUCAUGUCCUUAUAUGAACUGUAACUAGUUUCGUUUGUAAGUCGCUCUGGAUAAGAGCGUCUGCUAAAUGACUUAAAUGUAAUGUAAUGUAAAUGUUUAAAGUGAAAGACAGACAUUUUAUGGCAGUCUGGAAACGUUAGCCUGCUCUGAUUUUUUUUUUUUUCACUGAUAUACAAAAUACAAAAUAAUUCAAUACAUCUGUUUGAUUCCUCCCAUAUGUGUAGGUGAAAGGCUGGAAAUAUAUGUGGAUCUGUAACUAGCUAUUUUACAUUUUUUAUUGGGGGGGGGGCAUAAAGAUGCUCUUGACUUGCCCCGAUGGGCAAGUCCCUUCUCAGACAUAUCACUUGAGAGAAUUCUCAAUGAUUUAGAACUCUUUCAUGUAUGUCUUAAGAUUUGGGGUCUACAAGUUGUAAAAGAUGUGCAUGUACAGUGGAGAGAACAAGUAUUUGAUACACUGCCGAUUUUGCAGGUUUUCCUACUUACAAAGCAUGUAGAGGACUGUAAUUUUUAUCAUAGGUACACUUCAACGGUGAGAGACGGAAUCUAAAACAAAAAUCCAGAAAAUCACAUUGCAUGAUUUUUAAGUAAUUAAUUAGCAUUUUAUUGCAUGACAUAAGUAUUUGAUACAUCAGAAAAGCAGAACUUAAUAUUUUGGUACAGAAACCUUUUUUUGCAAUUACAGAGAUCAUACGUUUCCUGUAGUUCUUGACCAGGUUUCCACACACUUGCAGCAGGGUCCUUAAAAAUCAUACAAUGUGAUUUUCUGGAUUUUUAUUUUAGAUUCCGUCUCUCACAGUUGAAGUGUACCUAUGAUUUUUAAAAAUUACAGACCUCUACAUGCUUUGUCAGUAGGAAAACCUGCAAAAUCGGCAGUGUAUCAAAUACUUGUUCUCCCCACUGUAUAUAUUACACUUGUGCAUACAGAGUACACACUCAUUUGUUGAUAUGAUAAGUCAAUUUUCAUUAAUAGCCACACUUAGUACUGUUUUCCUCCAAAAACAUGAUAAAAAAGCUGCCCCUGCCCCCUUACAUGUACCUAAAAUGCUGAGGCAAACUCGGAAUUUGAUUAAAAAACGGCGUGGACAUGUGUUGAACAUAGGGAAAGAAAACAUGUGGACACUCUUUAAGAAUUGUAUGGAUGAUUGAAGAACCAUGUGAGCUUGGAGGACGAUUGUACAUAUGAACCUGCCAGUUAAACUUGUUAAACUUUCCUGGUUAAUAAGGCAGUACUGUAUGGGGUACACUCACUGUUACCUUCGGGUGUAUGUUUACUGUACUCUUUAUGUAAAUGUUAUUGUACUGGAAAUGUCAAAUAUAUUUCUAAAACGAAUUGGGGUUUUUAUGCAAAUUGUUGAUCUGUUUUCCUGGAAUUAACAGCAAUAAAUACAAAAUCAUACAUUA